CAACUUUACCUAAUUGAAGUACUACCAGAUCAUUCUUCAGUCAACAUGCCUACUGCUACAGAAUACUUUGGCAUAUCUGUCACCAAUAUUGGUCCUCUCACUACGACUUACACGCCUCCUCCAGCAUGCACCAGGGCAACAACCGAUCAUCUCGUCUAUGCUCUCGAGAGCUCCUUGAUAUACGGAUUUGGUUCUCCUGACUGUGAGAUUGACCCUUAUGGAAAAUGUCUUCCCUCUGGGGCUGCCGUAGAUUCCUUCAUCAAAGAGUACAGUCAUCCAAAGUCUGGACAGGGCAUCCACCCAUUUCACUCUCCUGGUAUUCACUGUCCUGAAGGUUGGACUACCGCUGGACUACUUGCACACGGUGAUAAGACUGGCUCCGCGUUUAGGAGUGGUGUUUUUACCACCACGGCGACCGUGAACUCAUCGCAGCCCCUUCAGAUGGGUUCCGAUGAAUGGUGGCUCAAAGUCUUGGAGCCUUCCGAGACUCUAGCGUGGUGCUGCCCAAGCGGCUGGGACUCUCUCCCCUACGGAUAUUGCAGAUCCUCCAUUGCCCCUGCUCUUUCAGCCGGCUACAACAGCGCUUGUUAUGAGGGAUUUCCCGAGAGCGCCUUUGUCACUGUCCAUACCGUCGAGGGUGAACGUGUUUCUGAUACAGACGGGCUUAUCUCUCUCCUUCCCUCUAUAACAUAUACUACGGAGACGGUUGCGUUGACUGAGCAAUGGAGUGAUCCUAGUCUUGUUGCUUCUAUGGUUAUUGCUAGACAGUUUCCUGCGAUUGAGAUGAUCUACAAGUCUGAAGAUGUCAAGGCUGCUAAGAAUGGGUCCAAGGAUGAUGCUGAUGAUGAUAAGGAUGGGAAGGCUAAAGACAACGACAAUGCUGCCUCGACUCUGUCAAAGGUCGGAGGGGUUGUCUCAGGGGUUGCAUUGAUGGUCGGGUUGCUGACUGGAGCCGGUCUGUUGAUGCCUUGGUGAGAUAGAUAUCACGUUGGUGGGGGGGUUAUCUUGCAGUUUGAGCUCUAUAUGGGGAGUUGUGUAGGAGCCUGUCUUUCAUGAGGUAGUUUCUCACUUUGAGUAGCUACUCUAAUGCUCGCAUAUCACGUAUCAAAUUGAACAUUG